AUGGGUGGCCACCGGGAAAUCUCGCUUUUUGGGCGGAUGGAGCGAAGUUUACAUAAGCCCCGCCUCCUCCACGCCGUCACUCAAGCCUACGUGCGAAGGGGAUGCCGGUCCCCGGCACCCACGCAUGCGCGCCUAGGGCGCGGGACCAGCCGGAGGCCUGAGGCCAGGGGUUGCUACUGGACACCGGACCAGGGUCAGAGCGAAGCACUUUCCAAUGAGAUGGAAAUCCUGAAGGAGGCGGAAGUGCUGCCGGAGGAGGAGCCGGGAUCCUCGGGAGACGGCAACGUGGCGCGGCCGGCCCCCAGCUCCCAGCCGGAGGAUUGCUUCCAGUGCUUCGUGUGCGGCAAGGGCUUCCGAUGGGCCUGCCUGCUGAAGCGACACCUGCGGGUGCACACCGGCGAGAAGCCCUUCGAGUGCGCCGUCUGCAAGCGCUGCUUCAGCAAGUCCAGUAACCUGACGCGGCACCGGCGGUUCCACACCGGCGAGAAGCCAUUCGAGUGCGGCGUGUGCGGCAAGCGCUUCUCCACUUGCAACGACCUGCGGGUCCACCAGCGGAUCCACACCGGGGAGAAGCCCUUCGAGUGCGCCGUCUGCCAGAAGCGCUUCUACACGUCCGGCCACCUGAUCCGCCACCAGAGGACUCACAGCGGCUGAAGGGAAAGCGCUGUCUGCCGUCGGCCAAGCGCCAACCGGCCAGCCUGCUUUUACUGGGGGAAGGGGCGUGAGCCGAUUGAACAGUGCCAGGUGAGGCUCUCUCACUGGUCAAGUGAGCCCCCUCAAUCCCGGAGGGCAUUCAUGCUUUUUGGGCCCAGGGUGGGGUGCCGCGGGUGGCGGCGGGAGCUUAACGCUUCCGUAGUACUCUCAAGACCCAUGACACAAGACGUCCUAAAGCGGUGACUGGCCGCCCGUUAACUUGUGGGGUCAGCAUUGUGGCUCGAUCGGGUCCACCUGUCCAAUCCUUGUGGAAGUACUGGACGGGCAGAUAGUUUAAUAAAGGGCAGCUGAAAACAUGGAUGCUAGAGUGAGGUGCGUCUGGGUCACGGGAGACUUCUUCAGUUGGGACAAAUUAGUCACACGACAGGCAUGGACCAAACCCGCGGCAGAAGGCUUGGCAUUCGCCAUUUCGAGCUGAGCGAACCCAGUUGGUGUUACUCGUUACUGGUGGACCCCCCCCCCCCCCGCCACCUCUGCCCACCCAGGCUGCCCCAAGUACAUUCCGUCCAAGUUUUUGAGUUGCCAGAGAUUUGGUACAACACUUGUAACCUCAAGCUGCUCCAAGUACAUUUCGUCACGUAUUUUAGUCGUUGGCGAUUGGGUAACUUCAGCUCUUCCGGACUGUUUUGCUGAAUUUCUUUCUGUCCGACUUCAGUCUCUUCCACCUCCAGUCUCGGGGUCUGGUAUUAAAUUCAGCCGGCCCUGAUUUGAGCCUCCCACUUGGUCCCCGGAGUUUCUUUGAACGGGGAGUGAAUGCGCUGCGGGAAGUUAAUAGAGGGUUGCUGCUGUGUGGUAACUGGUGACUACAUCACUGGGUCCGCCCCACUGCAGGCUUUCGGUCCGAAGCGAUGGCGGUUUCUUCCCCCUCCCCGCACAGACUCUGACUCGCUGAGAUCGUCCUGCAGACAGCAUGAGCCCGGAGGUCCCCAUCUUGCUCAGUGUGGUGAGGGCUUUUGCUGUGACCACCUUUGUAAACAGCUUGUUCCAGGCCUCCUAAAACCCAACGGGUGCAAAAAAAAAAGAGAUUUUCCACAGUCUAGGGCAACACGGUGGUGUAGCGGUUAGGGCAACGAUCUGCAGUGCCAGCGACGCAGGUUCAAUCCCCGUCACUGCCUGUAAAGAGUUUGUACGUUCACCACGUGAUUUUGAGGGUUUCCUCCCACAUUCCACGGAUGUUCGGGCUUGUAGGUUAAUUGAUGACGUGGGUGUAUCUGUGCAGCUCAGGCCUGAGAGGGCCUGUUACCAGGCUGUAUCUCUUUUAAAAAAAAAGACCACAAAAACAGGAGUCAAAUUAAUUAGAUCAAGAUUUUUACUGUGGAGGUAGGAUGUUAGGCUGGAGUUGUAUAAGAUGUUGGUAUUGUGUGCAAUUUUGGUCGCCUAUCUACAAGUAAGUAAGAUUGAAAGAGUACAGAGAAAAUUUACAAAGAUGUUGCCAGGACUGGAGGACCUGAGUUAUAAGGAAGGAUUGAAUAGGGAGAACUUUAUUCCCUAGAACGUAGAAGAUUGAGGGGAGAUUUGAUAGACGUAGACAAAAUUAUGAGAGCUAUGGAUAGGAUAAAUGCAAGCAGGCUCUUUUCCACUGAGGUUGGGUGGGACUACAGAGAGAGGUCAUGGGUUAAGGGUGAAAGGUGAAGUGUUGAAGGGGAACAUGAGAGGAAACUUCACUCAGAGGGAUGUGAGAGUGCAGAAUGAGCUGCCAGCACAAGUGGUGCGUGCGAUUUCGAUUUCGAUGUGGAAGAGAAGUUUGGAUAGGGGCAUGCAUGGGAGGGGUGUGGUCCGGGUGCAGGUUGAUGGGACUAGGCAGUUAAUAUAAUUCUGCGUGGCCUAGGUACACCGAAAGGCUUAUUUCUGUGCUGUAAUUGUCUAUGACCAAUUAGGCCAGUGGUCCCCAACCACCGGGCCACAGAGCAUGUGCUACCGGGCCGCGAUGAAACGAUAUGAGUCAGCUGCACCUUUCCUCAAUCCCUGUAUCGCACUGUUGAACUUGAACAUAGGGUUGCCAACUGUCCCGUAUUAGCCAGGACAUCCUGUAUAUUGGGCUAAAUUGGUUUGUCCCAUAUGAGACUGCCCUUGUCCCGUAUUUCCCCCGCGAAGGUAGAGCGUUCCUAUGAAACCGUUCGUAAGCCGAAAUGGCAUAAAGUGAAGAAGCAAUUACCAUUAAUUUAUAUGGGAAAAAUUUUUGAGCGUUCCUAGACCCAAAAAAUAACCUACCAAAUCAUACCAAAUAACACAUAAAACCUAAAAUAACACUAAUGUAUAGUAAAAGCAGGAAUGAUAUAAUAAGUACACAGCCUAUAUAAAGUAGAAAUAAUGUAUGUACAGUGUAGUCGGGACGAUUAAGCCAAAACUGAUUUGUAGAAAAAAAUCGGCACGUACGCGCAUGCGCACACCGGUGCCCGUGCAAGGCUUCAUGGUCAUGGUAGUCUUUCUCAGGGUAAACAUGUGUCCCGUAUUUGACUGCUACUUUUGUCCCUUAUUUGGGAGUGAGAAAGUUGGCAACCCUACUUGAACACCCCCCACCGGUCGGCCGGUCCGCAAGAAUAUUGUCAAUCUUAAACCGGUCCGCGGUGCAAAAAAGGUUGGGGACCCCUGAAUUAGGCCAAUCAGCCCAUCGAGUUUGCUCGGCCGUUGGUUAUGGUUUAUUUUUUUUCUACUACUCCUCCUCAUAACCUUUAAUCCCCUUACCAAUUGAGAACCUACCAGUCUCUGUCAGUACACGCAGUGACCUGACCUCCACAACUGUCUGCGGCAACGAAUUCCACAGACUCAGACUGAGGAAAUUCCUCCUCACCUCAGUUUUACGGUGGCUUUAUUCUGAGGCUGUGCCCUCAGCUCCUUGUGUCUUCUACUAAUGAUCCUUCUCCACGUCUGCUCUGUCCAGGCCUUACAGUACCUGGUAGUUUUCAAUUAGAUACCCCCCACUCCUCAUCCUUCUGAACUCCCUUGAGUGCAGACCCAGAUAUAUCAAACGCUCCUCGCACAUUAAGCCUUUUGUCCCCGAGAUCGUUCUUGUGCACCUCCUCGGGACCCUCUCCAGUGCCAGUACUUUCCCCUUCCAAUUCAGUUACUUAAGUAGGUUUGAAGAGUAUUGAUAAUGGCUGGGGUCACCCUUCUUGUAAAGACUGUCCAGAGGAAGGCAAUGGCAAACCACCUCUGUUAAAAAAAAAAAAAAAUUGCCAGGGAAAGACCACGGUUGUCUACGUUAUAUGAUGUGGCACAUAUUGAACGAGGGAAUAGCGUGGGCUUUUGCUCUUUGGCACAGAACAGGAUGAGUGGUGACUUGAUAGACCAACAAGAGGCAUAGAUAGAGUGGACAGUCAGAGACUUCUUCCCAGAGCAGAAAUGGCUAAUACGAGGGAGGAAAAUUUUACGGUGAUUGGAGGAAAGUAUAUAGUGUCAGAGGUAGGAUUUUUUUUUGCACAGAGAGUGGUGGGUCUGUUGAACACACUGCCAGGAGUGGUAGUAGAAGCAGAUAAAUGAGCAGUUAAGAGGCACAUGAGUGAUAGAAAAUGUUUAAAGGUUCAUUUACUAUCAAAGUAUGUGUGCAGUAUACAACUCUGAGAUUUGUCUUCUCCAGAUAGCCAUGGAACAAAGAAAAGCAUGGAGGGCUAAGUGGGAGAGAAGGGUUAGGUUGAUAUUGGAGUAGGUUGAAAGGUGGGCAAACAUUGUGGGCCGAAGGGCCUGUACUGCUCUAUAUUUAAAUCUAUGCUCUCUGGUGUUUUACCAUCCACAUGUGGGGGAAUGGUUCCUUCCUGGUCAACCUGGUAAGAUACCUCUCAAUGUUAAUACCUCAGUGGUCUCCUUUCACCCUUCUCAGUUCCAAGCUAACACCCCAAGCCUAUCUAACAGACCACUAGAGGGACGCAGUGGGUCAGGCAGCACCUGAGGAGGGAAGCAGACAGAAUCUGCCUGACCUGCUGUGUCCCACCGGCAGUAUAUUUAUUGAUUUAUUUAUUGAGAUUCAGCAUGGAAUAGGCCCUUUCGACCCUGAUUUAAUCCCACCGAAAUCGUGGGAAAAUUUACGAUUAACCUACCAACCCGAACAUCUUUGGAUUGUGGGAGGAAACCAGAGCAGCCUGAGGAAACCCACACGCUGACGGAGAGAAUGUACUAACUCCUUACAGGUAGCGCUGGGAAUCGAACCCCUGUCACUGGUGCUGUAAAGCGAUGUGCUAACCACUAUGCUACCAUGCCGCCCCCUUUCUGUGCUCCGGAUUCCAGCGCCCGCAGCCCCUGAUCACCCGAACCUGUUCUCGGCUCAGGGUUUCAGGCCCAGGCACCACCUUAAAACUCGUCCGCAUUCUGCCUCCAGUGAAGUCUUGUCACCCCUGUCAUGAAUGGGCUGCAAGCAUUGGUGUGUACGUGUUGCAAGUGUAACCUCUGCCUGUGCCUAAAGGUGGCAGUAUUGUAAGGCAGUUAAAUAUCCCGUAUGACCUUUCAGCCACUUAUUCUCCCGUCCUGCCAACUACGCAGAACUUUCGUUCUUUCACAUUUUCCAUCUGAUUAGCUUCCAACUUGAUGGCAUGAACAUCGAUUUCAUCCAACUUCUGGUAAUUUUUACAUCCCCCCCUCCCCCAUCCUCCUCUCUUGAUCUAUUCCCCAUUCUAGCUUCCCUCUCACCUCUUCUCAACUGCCCAUCACCUCACUCUGGUUCACCUCCUCCUUCCUUUACUCCCAUGGUCCGUUCCUUUCUUCUCCCUUUUCAGCCCUUUGCCUCUUCCACUGAUCACCUCCCAGCUUCUCACAUCUACUAGGCUUUUUCCAUUGAGGGUGGGUGGGACUACAACCGGAGAUCAUGGGUUAAGGGUGAAAGGUGGACAGUUUCAGGGGAACAGAAGGGGUAAUUUCUUCACUCAGAGGGUCCUGAGAGUGUGGCGUGAGCCGCCAGCACAAGUAGUGCAUGCAAACUCGAUUUCAACAUUUAAGAGGAGUUUGGAUAGGUACAUGAAUGAGAGGGGUGCGGAAGAUUAUGGUCAGGGUGCAGAUCGAUGAGAAUAGGCAGUUUAGUUCGGCAUGGAGCAGAUGGGCCGAAGGGCCUGUUUCUGUGCUGUACCACAUGGGUUUUCUCUGGGUGCUCUGGUAUCCUCCUAUAGUCCAAGCACAUACCAGUUAGUAGGUUAAAGACACUGACUGUAUCUUCCCCUCACUCUUCGCCUUCCCCCACCACCUUACUCUGGUUUCUCCCUCCUUCCUUUUCAAUCUUGAUGAAGGGUCUUGGUCCGAGAUGUCCACUGUUCAUUCUCCUCCAUAAGUGCUGCCUGACCUGCCGAAUUCCUCCAGCAUUUUCUAUGUGUUACUCUGGGUUUUCAGCAUUUGCGUAACCAUGGGACAAUUUACAAUGACCAAUUAACCUACCGACCCAUACGUCUGUUUGGACUGAGGAAGGAGACCCACGCGGUCAUGGGGAGAGCAUUCAAACUGCUUUUAGGUCGCAGCGGGGAUCGAACCUGGGUCGCCUGUAUUGUAAAGUGUUGUGCUAACCACUACGCUCCCAUGCCACCCUAUUAUGUGGAGAGAUUGGAGAAACUGAGCAUGUCCCUUGAGCAAAAGUGGCUGUGACCUUUCAGCAAACUGCAUUGACUGUUUAUCCAUUCCCACAGCUGCUGCUUGACCUGUCGAGUCUCUCCCCAGUGUUUUGUGUGUGUUGCUCUGGAUUUCCUGCAUCUGCAGAGUCUCUUGUGUUUAUGAUUUUCCAAUUAUACUUUCCCUGUUGUGUUUCCCCACAAAGCCUGCAUUGGCCGGCUUUGCCCUGAAUCAAAUGCGUCUUGCCGUAUCUUUUCUGCCCAGCUAUCCAUCCUCCUUCUGUCUGCAGUGUUAACUUCAUGCCCAGUGGCUGCGUCAUCUACAAACAAUAUUAGGUGCCCGACACAGACUCUAGUCAGUCAAAUACUUGUUGAUCAGUGCUUAUUGACACCACAACCAUUGAAUAGAACACUACAGCACUGAACUUCAGGGACUUCAGAUCAGCUAGCCUGUUCCCACCAGUUGUUCCUGCCUAUUCCCGUCUACUUGCUCCCUGGAUAGUAUCCUUCCCAUUGAUCUUCCUAUCCCUACUUCUCUAAAUGUUGCAAUGAAAUCCACAUCCACCACUCCUGCUGGCAGCUCAUUCCACUCUCGCACCACCCUCUGAGUGAAGAAGCUCCCCCUCACGUUCCCCUUAAAUAUUUCAACAUUCACCCAUAAUGUGUGACCUCUAGUUCUAGUCUCACCCAACCUCAAUGCAAAAAGCCUGCUGGUCUUCACCCUUCUAAGGCAUCCGUUAGUCUUGCGAGACCAUGGAUCUGUGCCUGGAAAUUCUUCACUCUCCAGGGCGCAGGCCUCGGCAAGGUUGUAUGGAAGACCAGCAGUUGCCCAUGCUGCAAGUCUCCCCUCUCCACGACACCAGUGUUGUCCAAGGGAAGGGCAUUAGGACCCAUACAGCUUGGCACUAGUGUCGUCGCAGAGCAAUGUUCAAGGACACAACACAUUCCCUCGGCUGGGGCUUGAACUUACGACCUUCAGGUCGCUAGUCCAAUGUCUUAACCACUUGGCCACAUGCCCACACUCUUCACCCUAUCUAUAUUUGUUAUAGUUUGUGUGCUCUGUCAAACCUCCCCUCAGUCUCCUUCAUUCCAGGGAAUAAAGUACUAAGCUAGAGCAAUAGAGGUCUACAGCACAGAAACUGGUCCUUUGGCCCAUCUAGCCUAUGCUGUAAAUUUAUAUAUAAAAAGAGAUAUCUAUUCAACCUUUUCCAAAAACACAGAUACUCAAGGCCUGGUAAUUCCUUGUAAAUUAUCUCUGUGCUCUUUCAAGCUUAUUGAUAUUUUUCCUGUAGGUAGGUGACCAGAACUGCAUACAAUACUCUAAAUUUGGCCUCUUACUUAAUUGCCCAUUACACCGCUGGCAUUUAGGACAACCAUGAAGGUCCUUCAUCUGUCUGUCCUUGGCUGCUCAUACGUAGAAAGAUUCCUCAUUGCUGUUUCCGUAACAGGUUUGUUUGACCAGUCAGGGUUGUUAGCUUUGAGCUGAACCGGUGGACCACUCUUAGUCUCGUCUCUACCUGGUGACCUGUUGGCAUGGGUGACCCUGCCAAGAGCCAAGGCAUAACGCCCUGAUUCCGCCCAGUAUAGCUCUCCAGGUCAUUGAGGCACACAAACUAUGACAUGGUUGUGGUCCUCCUGGAGGAAAUUUGGCCUCCUUAACGUCUUAACUUCAACAAAACAUGCUAACUCCUGUAACUUCAAUAGCACUUGCUAUUCUUUCUGGAACUUAUGGCCUUUGUCAAGGAGAAUGUUACAUCAAAUGCACUGCUCUCAUUUGCCUGGAAUCCAAUCAGAUCGGUUAGCCUUGACCGUCCCUUGUAUGUACUGGCCCUAAUUUAAUCUUGCAUCUCUAAAUCAGUUAGGGUGGAUACAAGCAACUUGAAACACAGAGUCAGUGCACGAGUGGAGCUUUUGUACUUCACCGUUCAAUGCAGUUGUGGCUGGUCCCAUCCCUCCUGCCUUACCCAUCCCAUUAUCAUUCAACAAAGAUGAGUAGAGCAUGAGAAUAGGCCCUUCAGCCUACAGUGUUGUGGCCUGCUAAAUAAACGCCUAACUGAAUUAAUCCCUUCAGCCUGCAUGUAUAUCCCUCCAUUCUCUGUGGCCGGCAUGGUAGUGUAGCGGUUGGUGCAGUUGCUUUACUGUGGCAGUGAUCGCCGAUUGGGGCUCGAUUCCUGCUGCUGUCUGGAAGGAUUUUGUAUGUUCUCCUUGUGACCGCAUGGGUUUCCUCCCAUGUUCUAAAGACUUUAGGGUUAGUCAGUUGUGGGCAUGCUGCGUCGAAGCCGAACGUGUGGCGACAUCCUUGGACUGUGGUAAUUGAUGCAACAAAAAAAACUGCAUUUCACUGUAUGUUUCGAUGUACAUUUGACAAAUAAAGCACUUCUGUAAUUCAAGUGCCUAUUUUAGAGCCAUUAAAUGCUUUCAGCACCACCCCUGUCAGCACAUUCUGGGCAACCAUUGCUCUGUGUUUAAAAACAAGAACUCCCUGUAAUAUUUGAACUUACCCCUUCUAAUCUUAAAUGCAUGCUCUUUUGUAUUAGACGUUUUGACCUUGGGUAAAAAGGAAUCUGACUGUCCAUGCCUCUUGUAAUUUUCCAAACCUCUUAUCCCCAGUAUCCACUGUUCCAGAGAAAACGACCCAAGUUUGUCCAAUCUUGUCUUAUAGCUCACACUCUGUAAUCCAGGCAACAUUCUGGUGAACCUCUUCUGCACCCUCUCCAAAGCCUCCACAUGCUUCUUGUAAUGGGGCAACCAGAACUGAAUGCAAGUGUGCUUUAACCACAGUUUUGUACAGCUGCAACUCGCAUCCUGACCUUGGGGCUGAGUGCCUUGACUAGUCAUGUUUAGCACAAACUUUGUGGGCUGAGUGGCUUGUCCCUGUGCUAAACUUUUCCAGGUUUUAUGAAUAUCGAAAACAUUAACUUUGCCCGGUCCCUCAAAAUGUUAAUAGUUUCAAUAAGACCACUCAACAUUCUUCUGGUAAUUCUCCCCCUCCCACUCUUCUGUUUUCCAUCUGGCGUCACUCCUAUCACUUCCCUUCUCACAUAUCCGUCAUUUCCCUUUGGUGUUCCUCCUGCUUCCUUUACUCUGAUUGUCCACUCUCCUCUUCUAUCAUAUUCUUUCUUCAGGCUUUUUCCGCCUAUCACCUCCCAGCUUCUCACUUCCUCUCCCUCUCUUACCCACCUUCCCCCUCACUUGGCUUCCCCUCUCACCUUCCAGCUUGUACUUUCCCUUCACCCCAUCAUUUUCAAACUUCAAUGUAAAUUUAUUAUCAAAUUACAUCUGUGUCACCAUGUACAGCUCCAAGAUUUAUUUUCUUGCUGGCAUAAUCGAAUCAAUGAAAGACUGCACCUACUCAUCAUGCAGAAGACGACAAACUGUGGA